AUGAAGCGCAUCUCUAUCCGACGCACACAACCCCGUUGGCGUACAGGACCCAAACGGACAUUCGCCACGCUUGAGGUACUUCGGAAUACAGGACCCGUAGACAUCCACCCAGAGAUCCAGGACGCUCUUGCAACGAAGAAGCCAGUUGUGGCACUAGAAACGACCAUUGUCACCCAUGGGAUGCCUCAGCCUGUAAACCUGCAGACGGCCCAGUCGGUGGAGAACGUUGUUCGGAGUACAGGUGCAGUUCCAGCAACCAUAGGCAUCAUCGAGGGUCGGGUGAAGAUAGGGCUUGAGCCGCGCGAGCUUGAGUAUCUGGCGGAUGUGAAGAACAACCCGUCCAUAGCCAAAAUAUCGAGACGUGAUAUAGGACCUGCUAUCGCCCAAAAGAGAGACGGUGGAACGACAUGCAGCGCGACGUUGAUUUUUGCAGCGUUGGCUGGUAUCAAGGUCUUCGCAACCGGAGGUCUAGGAGGGGUACAUCGCGGAGGCGAACAGUCUAUGGAUGUGUCCGCGGAUCUGCAUGAGCUCACGAGAUGUCCUGUCGGGCUUGUGUCUGCCGGAGUGAAGUCGAUCUUGGAUAUCGGACGAACGUUGGAGUAUCUUGAAACGCUUGGUGUACCGGUCUUAUCCUACGGUGACACCAACGACUUCCCAGCGUUCUACAGCAGACGUAGCGGCUUUAAGAGUCCUUGGAGAAUAGAUGAUCCUAUUACUGCUGCGCGAGUCCUCUUCACACAGGACCACUUAGGCAUGAAGAAUGGAGUGCUCUUCGGUGUUCCUAUACCAGAACAAUAUCAGGCGAUCGGCGAGAAGCUCCAAGAGUCCGUCGAGCAAGCAGUGAGGGAAUCAGAGGAGAAUGGUGUCAGCAAACUUGGGAAGGAAGCAACACCGUGGCUUCUCAAACGAGUAGGCGAGCUGACAGCAGGAAGAUCCCUAACCAGUAACGUUGCACUAAUUGAGAACACUGCACUCAUCGGUGGUCAAAUUGCAGUUGCUUAUGCAGAGCUAGCGAGUCAGGAGCCGCGCCAGACGUCUGAGAAGCUUUAUCCCUCCCUUAUUCCCCAGCCCACGGCUCCGGUAGAGAUAAAGUCUCAAAAUUCUCUGACUCCUGAGGCUGCACUGGCUAUCUUCGGGUGCGCUGCUGUAGACAUUACUGCUCAGGCAGACCCUUCUAUUGCAAACACUUCCAUCGCCGUUCAUAGCACGGUUCCGGGUAGCAUAUCCCUGACACUGGGCGGUGUUGCACGCAAUCUCGCUGAAGCCGCACACCGGGUGCUCGAGUCGCAGUCUCCUGACAGCGCGAAGUCCGUCGUCUUGGUGUCUGCCGUUGGAUGCGAUGCAUUCGGUCGACUGCUCGUCAAUGAGACGGAAAGUAUGGGAAUGCGAACGGACGGACUGGUUACUUUGGAUGGGGCACGCUCUGCCAUCUGCAACAUGGUGCUGGACAGCACUGGAGGUCUGACAACCGGUGUUGCAGACACGGACAUCACGUUGUCAUUAGAUCGAGAAGCGACUCGAGAAGCACUGCGCAAACACCGGCCUCGUCUCGUUGCGAUUGAUGGCAAUCUGUCGCCGGAGACAGUCACAACGCUAGUGGAUGCAUGCCACCAGGACGAUAUAGCGACCUUCUACGAACCGACAUCGGUCCCCAAGUCAAUCAACAUAUUCCCUGCUAUCGCAGCAUCCCUCGGCCACGCUGACACAACAUCCUCAGCCAUCUCAUAUGCAGCGCCAAACAUACUGGAACUCGCGCGCAUGUACGAGGAGGCUGUUGCCGGAAAGCUCGAGCUGACCGCUCAUAGCCACUGGUGGAAGGUGGUCGACGACAUGGCCGUCGGUUCUGAAUUCCGCAUGGACUUGCAACAGCUGGCACGACUAGAUGCAUGCACACACGACCGUGCUAAGGGUACACUAUCAUUUCUAGUCGACAAAGGCAUAGCCCAAAUGGCCAUCCAUCUCCUUCCCUUCUUCCAACACCUCAUCAUCAAGUGCGGCGACCGCGGCGUCAUCACCGUCUUCCGUAUAACCGGGGAGCAGGCGAAAUCGUCGUCGUGGAUGCAGGAACGUACCAACGUGCACAAGCGUUGUGUCGUUGGCAAGAGCAGGGAAGGGGCCGGCGUUACUGUGCUGAAGCACUACCCCGCCCUGAUUGUGCCCAGCGAGAAGAUCGUCAACGUGACGGGCGCAGGCGACUCCUUCGUAGGCACUACAUUGGCUACGUUGGUGCACAAGCCAACUGUCUUCCACGACCCGGACUCGUUAGACGAGCUUAUGGCACAAGCGCAGAAAGCCGCGGUACUCACAUUACAGAGCCAGCAUGCGGUCUCGCCCCUCCUUUCCAAACUGUACCGUACACAUCUGCCUGAGCUAAUGUAG